AUGGAGUUAAGUGAAGAUUCUAUAAAAAUAAAACAAAAUGUUUUAAUAUCUCACAAAGAUGAAGAUUCUCUAGAGAAACAUGUUAAUGUACAAAUUAAAUCAGAGCUGGAAGAAUACAUGUUUGAAAAUAAUUAUACAGUGGAUUCUUUAUCAGACUCGUGUUUUUCGGACAAUAUUAAAAUAGAAGAACAUAAUAUGUUACAAAGUGAAAUAAGUAGCCCACUCCCCCUCAUUACCAAACAAGAAGUUAAGAUAGAAAUCAAACAAGAACUAGAUGAAAAUAAUUUAGAAGUAAACUAUGGGUGUAAAAGUACGAAUAAGAAAGAAUUAGACUCAGAUAGAGAUGAAAAGUUACAGAUAAGAGCUUCAACUGAGAUAAAUCAUGAAAAACAUUGUACAAGUAUGAAAACAUCAAAAUUACUAUCGGAUGUUAGUAAAAAAAUUUCAAACACAUAUUCCGUUUGCCAAGAGAUAAACAUUUUCAGUUUUGAAUCCGAUUAG